AUGGUUCAACAUACCUCUGCAGAAGACACUUGGACGGCUUUUGAGAAACUGCUCUUGGCACAAGCAGUAUACAAGUUUAGUGAUAAUUGGCUAGCAGUUUCUCGAACCAUGAAACAGCAUCCCAUGAUUGACAGACCACCGGAAUUUUUUUCACCAAAGAUUUGCCAAAAUAAAUACAAGGUUCUCAUAGGGCCUUUGGAGCUGGAUGAAGUUGAAUUAGAGAAUAAAAAGAAACUUGGAGAAGGCAUAGGGGCAAAUGAUACGCGAAUGCCGGUGGCCGCAAAAUUGGCUCGUAAACUAUAUAGUGACCGGAUAGGCGAACUAAGAUCAUUAAUCGGCGAAGAAGAACAGAGAUUUCGCAAGGUUGUGGCAGAGAUAGAUGAGAUAAGAUCAGGGAAAAGGGAUGAUGAGUUAAGGGAAAUACUGAAAGAACAAAAUCGGGAAAAGGAUCAUACGCCAAAUGUACUAGAGGCAACUACCAAGACAAACGCUACUGUUGCGAAAGGCAUAGCAGGCAAAUCAGACGCAAUAAAGUCAUCGGUCGCCCGAACAACGACUACGAAGCAUGCCCGUUCACCGCGUCUUGCUUCAUUACCUACUACAUCAAUACAUACUUUCAGAAGUACAAGAGAUAAACAGGCAGGAGCUUCAGCCGACAAGGCAAGUGCGAUGGAAAUCGAUCAAACUGCGGCAACAUCACAAGCAAAAUCAACAACAUCACUGCGAUCGACGACUUCUCACUCGUCGUCAACUAAAAAAGGGUCACGUUUAGACUCAAUGGACAUUAAUCAAACAUCUGCUACUAUUGAACAAUCCUCACAGUUAGCCUCUGAGAAAAUUGGCAAAGACUUGGUAGCAUCCGGAUCAUCAGUCAAGCCAGUCGAUCAUAUGGAUAUUGAUCCAAAAUUCACUGAAGAUAACUUUGAUAUUCCCGAUAACGUUACUUUUCAAGAGCCCAACGCCACCGAAUUAGAGCCGCUAAAACACGAAGCAUUAAGAAGGAUAAUGAAAGCAACAUCACCAAGCCAGACCGAAUUGGAAAAUGACAGCCCACGAACAGUUGCUGAAGAUUUGGCUAUGGAUAUUGAUGAACAAAUGGGCGAAACUCAUAGGGAUGUUGCAGAGACAUCACCGCGUGUACACUUUGCCGAAGCCGGGCUCGGAUCUUCGUCUCAUCCCACUGUUGGUGAAAGAAUGGAAUACGAUGACGAUACUACGCCUGGUAAUGGCGGUCAAUCAGAUAUAGAAGCAUCGAAUACAAGCCCAACGGCAGGUAAAGACACAGAUACAAGCUCAUUUGAUGCUAUUCAUAUUCCAAUUGUGUCGUCACCCGUUCAGAUGGAAGGUAUGAAUUCAGCUGAAGCACAGGCAUCUCCGAUACCCUACACAAUAGUAAUGCAGGCAAGUGCUAGUAUGGAUACUUCAACGAGAGAAGAAACCAGUGAUGAUGAUGACGUACGAAUGGUACAUGUUUCAUCGGAUGAUGAGGAUGCCAAGGAAGCAACUAUGAGCAAGGAUCAUGAACACGAAUUGGAACUGAUAUCGAGAGAAAUGAAAGGGACGCCAACUUCCGCUGGACGUGCUCCUUCUACUCCUGGAGAUGGCGCAAGUGAAAUAACAAAUGUAACACCAGGUGCAGAGACGUCAGAAGGUGCUGGGUCAAUGGCUGACAAGAAACACAAGACGUGGCAGAGACUUGUGUAUAUGAUAUUAACUGAUAUUGGUAAUCAUCGGUUUGCGAGCGUGUUCCAGAAUCCGAUUAAAGAACAAGACGCGCCUGGAUAUUAUAGUAUUGUUAAGCAGCCAAUGGAUCUGAAAACCAUUAGGAAGCGACUCCGUGAUUUAGUUGUUACAACUACAGACGAGUUUCAUCGAGACUUGAUGUUAAUGUUCAUGAACGCUCUAAUGUAUAAUCGAGAAGAAACGCAUAUAUAUCAAGUAGCAAUGCAAAUGAAAGAUGAGGUUGAACAAAUGAUUCUAGAGUUUAAGCGAAGCGAAAGUGCUCGUUCAGGAUCAUUUGAGACAACUACGCGGAGAAAGAGUGUGGCAACUGAGCCUACUAGUCGGAUACCGCUGACAUGA